AUGGUGGUGCCAAUCAAACCAGAGGCUGGCUUCGGCCUCCUCACUACGGGCUGCUCUCCAGGAGGUGGAGGUUCCAACGUCUGGACUCUCCUACUGCAUGGUGAUCUGAACCUCAGUAUGACGAUGACAUUCAUCAGCAAUGUGGCCGCUCUAGGUAAGCCCAUUCUGCUUGAUGUGUUUUGCCUGCCUAAUGUUUAUGAGAGGCGCGGGAGAAGAGAACUUCCACAGCGUGAAGACAUUUGCUCACGCAAAAUGCCGGAAUACAUAUGCAUUUUGGAGGAUUUAGCGGUGCCCACAUGUUAGUACAUGCGAUCGAAUACGGCUAGAGUUUAUGUUGCCAGCACGCAUUUAAACCAGUACCGUUCACUGCCUGUGACUGCAUACUCAACUGCCUAGUUUUUUUGGUUUGCCCAUAUAGGUAAACGCAUAGAACCUAUUCAUUUAGGGCGCCUUCAAUGGGAGCCUAAAGUCCAUGGACGCAGUUUAGAUGAGCUUGCCUCAAUCGGCUGAUUUAGGGGACUUUUUAGGAGAUUUGAAGGUUUCUGAGUAAAAUACCUGGUCAAUAUGCUGAAAACCUCCAUUUAAGUCGGGGCAUACCGGUUAAACAUAAUGUGUCUCCUCUUUUACGAUCUGGGGUGGAAGAAUCGUAAUACCUCUGAUGUCUUAACUUACGGGCAACUUUCACGGUUUAAUCAUACUAUACUUCAGUAAAGACGGCAGUUAUAAGAAUACUUAAACUGCCAAACUUGACCUGGCAGCCGACAUGACGAUUGCAUAGAAAGUAUUGUUAGUUCUCCUGUUGAGAAAGUAAUGUCUUCUCGAAUAUGAAUUUGCUGUUUGGAGGCUAAACAGCAUAUGGUGACCUGUAAACUAACACAAACCUUUUGUUGCAGGAUAACAUGCUAACAGCACAGGUAUUAGCUAGAAGGCCAGACAGGUAUCCCGCUGAUAUUCUGUCGAUGGGUGGCGCAGAAAGCUCACGGGGAAAGCUGAGAUACCCGCGGGUAAGCCGAUCCCCUCGCGGCUGCACCACGUAGCGGGAGAGUAUCGGCGGAACACGUGUCUGGGCUUUUAUUUGGACCCUGUUCUGCUAGCAUGGUGUCAUGUAACCCUAAUAUGCACCAUUAGCUUCCUGUGGACAGUUAAUGACUGUUACGUGAUUAUCUCGCGGCUGAUGGUUAUCGGCCCAAGUAUUCAUGCUCGAACUUUGGUCUACGCCUAUAGACCUUGGUUUUAAUUGAUCCACUCGAACCUUGCUGUUAAUUUCCGUGGAAAGUAAUAAUCAAUAACACUAAUCUCUAAAUAAGUGAACGUUUAAUCCAACUGGGCCAGUCUUUCUGCAUCCGCUUCAUUAUUGCAUAUGAAAUAUCGAUCAUAGAUUUGAGGGCUUGCCGAGUUUUUCAGCCAAACGUCGAUAAUUGUUUUCAUUUUAUUGGCUGAAGCCUUUCGGCUCCUUUGAUUGGUGCCCUAGCUUUGGCUACGGCAUCUGGUGGUUAUUGGCACUCUGAUGCGUCGGACUGCCCUUUUACCUCAUUAACUUCCUCCCUGGGUGAAUGAGCUCCAUCAUCCAUCGGUAUUCUUCAACCCAUCGAGUUGAUCCUGCCCUAUGACGAAGGGGUGGCACUGCUUGAUCAAACCAACGCCUGGGAAUCAGGUGUCCAGCGUGAGACAUUCAGGGCUUCCAAUUUUUACAUUCAACCAACACUAAGGCAAAGCCACUGGUCAUGGAAAAUUCUCUUAUCCUAGGAUAUCCAUCUUUCUCGUAAAUUAAGCCCGGGCGAGUGCAUGUAAUAACUGUAAAUUUCUAACUAAUGUGGUAGGUCCGAAAGGAGACAGCAUACCAGAACUUCCGACUGUCUACUUAAAUAAAAUAUAAUGUCCACCUACUAGAUUCUCAUUUUCGUAGACCUUUUGUUUGGUGGUAGCUAAACACAUACGGCAGAUGCCAAACCGGCCGAAUUUAUCGCCGCACUUGAAGCCAUGUUGGUAAGAACCAAUGCGACCGACGAGGCUAAACACACCGUACGCCAAAAAGUCACCUCCCUACUGCUGACGAACAGGCCCAUCAAUAAUAUGUCGCCCGCAGAAAUAGAAGCAAGGAAGGAAUUAAAAAUGGACAGAGAUAAUAAUAAUGCUGCCAGCCGACAAAGGAAGAGCAACCGUCGUGAUGAACCGCGUUGACUACAACGAAAAGGCACAAGCCCUCCUAGACGACCAACAGUCCUACAAGUCCACGCCUCCCUCGCGAGCCAAAUCGAUGAUUGGUCAACUAACUGGACUCCUGAACCGACUCAAGCGAAACAGUGCUAUAUCGCUAGACGAAUGGCGACAGAUGAAACCAACGGACACGGCACUGGACCGGUUUUAUGGAUUACCCAAAAUCCACAAGCCCAAUGUUCCCCUUCGACCGAUCGUUGCCUUGAAAGGCAGCCCCACUUACAAUCUAUCCAAGUGGAUGGCCCGAAAACAACUUUCUCCGAGAAGGCUCAAGGACCACCAUCAAUUCGGCCUCCCAAUUCCUGGCCGACAUCCGAGGAAAAGUUGUCCGACCGGAGCAGAUUAUGGUGUCCUUUGACGUGGUUUCAUUAUUCAUGUCCAUCCCACCGGACCUGGCACGCGACGUUCUUCGCAAACGACUCGAAGAGAAUUACGACGAGACGAACAAACCCCUAAAAAUCGACCACUUACUGCAACUGUUUACUUUCUGUCAACAAACCUUCUUCACUUUCAAUGGCCGAACAUACGAGCAGAUCAAAGAAACGCCGAUGGGUUCACCAAUAUCCAGCGUAGUUGCAGAACUAGUCCUGCCGGAACUGGAAAAAGUCGUCUUCGACCAAUAUGAACCUGCAUUUUGGCGCCGGUACGUGGACGACACGUUCGUCAUAAUUGAAGGGAGCAGACUGGCUGACUUCCAAGACCUGCUCAACGGCAUCUUCCCAGACAUUCAGUUCACAAGGGAAGAAGAGCAUGCCGAACAGCUGCUUUUCCUUGACGUUCUCGUCACACGCACACCCAACGGCGAACUUAACACCACGGUGUACAGAAAGGCGUCUAACGCGACCCAGAUUCUCAACUACCACAGUAACUACCCAAUGGCGCAUAAACGCAGCUGUGUUAGGACACUCUUCCAGAGGGUAAAAACGAACUGCAGUGAACCAGAGGGCCGAGUACGAGAACUUCGGCACCUUCGGGACCAACUGGCAAGGAAUGGAUACCCGAACAGCUUCGUCAGCCGCUGCCUCCGCACGCGCCCACGGCGAACAAACGGAGGAGAGCCGCCAACACUCUGGCACCCUCUGCCAUAUAUAAAGAACGUAUCCGAAGCGAUGGAACGUAUCGCUGGAGAGCUCGGCGUGGGUAUCGCUCACCGUCCGACAGCGACCAUGCGCAGCAAAAUCAUGCAAGUGAAGGAUCGCCUAGACGUGGGUGGACAAUCGGGCGUCGUCUAUCAGAUCCCAUCUCGGGACUGCCCUCGCCACUACACUGGACAAACCGGACGACGACUUAGCUCACGAAGAACGGAGCAUAGAUGGGCGGUCCGGAGAAACGACCCGUUGUCUCAGGUCGCCACUCACACCCUGGAGGAAGGCCACGAAUUCAACUUUGCGAGCACGCGGAUAGUGGCGCGGGCCAGCAAUAAGACAGGACGAGAACUGUUAGAGGCCUGGGUGUCUGACACCAACGCUAUCAACAGGCACAUUGACAUACCCCCCUGCUAUCACGCGCUCCGUUCCCGCGGCCAAGGGGCGAGACCCAAUUUCCAACCAAGGGUGCACGCAGUCACGCCCCCGUGA